AUGCAGACUGCUUCUACAAACAUUUGUGAAAUAAUGGGUUGCUCUCAGGAGCUCAAUGAAUUCAAGCAUGGUACUGUGAUAGGUUGCCACCUGUGCAAUAAGUCUUUCCAUGAAAUUUCCUUGCUACUAAAUAUUCCAGUCAACUCUUAGUGGUAUUAUAACAAAGUGGAAGCAACUGGGAACAAGAGCUACUCAGCCACGAAGUGAGCGGGGUCAGAGCAUGCUGAAGUGCACAGUGCGCAGAAGUUGCCAACCGUUUGCAGAGUCAAUAGCUAAAGAUCUCCAAACUUUGUGUGGCCUUCAGUUUAGCACAACAACAGUGCAUAGAGACUUUCAUGGAAUGGGUUUCCAUGGCUGA